AUGGAGGUCGAAGGUAAAAAAGAUGUAGGCUCCGCCGUGGCUCCGGUUUCCUCGGUGAAGAUGCUGACAGGCAAUAAUGGAAGCCUUCAAAUUGAUUUGAAUGGAGGCGAAUCUAAUGAUCAAAACCCUCAGCUCAUAACUCAAAACCUUCCAUCUCAUAAGCCCAAGUCUCCAGUCAAUUGGGCUGCACCUCACCAGGCCCAAAUUUCUUCAAAUAAUUCUGGGCUGAGCCAUUCUCGAUCCAGCCCACACCUUACGGACAUGGGCCAUCCCUCUGGACCGCAUAAUCAAAAUCUUCAGUCGUCUUUCGCUAGCCCAGGCAUGAACCUCCCAUUUUUGGGGCCCGCUCCGAAACCCAUUUCCCCAACCCCCAAUUCCGUCACAGCCCAUACCCCAGCCCGUCGUCAUCCGGCUUCAACUCUUCCCACCACCUGCUGCCAGCAAACUGACCCCGCCAGACCUUCGACGACCGGCGGCGCUCCUCCACCGCCAUCCGGCCAAUCUGCCAACAACAGUGAAUUCAGUUUGACUUUCGAAACCAUUCUGUAUUCUCCAAUGUCCGUGCUCAGUCCCGAUUGGAUGCUUGAUUCAGCAGAUAGUGAAUCUGAAUUCCCGAGGUCAAGUGUAAUGGAUUUUCGGGAUUUCCGACUCAUCAAUGCUGACCUUUUAUUUGAGUAG